AUGGCCAUCCGGCUGUCGCGACGUUGGAUCACGGCCCUCAUCCUGUUGUGCGGCUUUACCGUCACCACCACAUUCCUCCACCUGGGCCUCAGCGGCUCCUCCCUCAUCCCCUCCGACCUCUACCACCAUGUCACCCCCGAAAACGACGGCCCUCCACCUCCCGACUAUUGGGAAUGGGAGACAUUCACGCGGUUUGCGCCCGCGCCACGGACUCCCCCAGGCGCCGGCGCCAGCAACGAGAACCCAGAUGACCACCUUUGCGACUCCUUCCCGACCGAAGUCCUCUCGCGCGUCCAGGUCGUCCUGAAGAUGGGCGCCUCCGAGCCCGCCGACCGCCUCAACCCGCAGAUCGAGACCGUCACCCGCUGCAUCAAGAACCUCCUGAUCGUCUCCGACCGCGAGGGCGAACUGCGCGGUCACCGCGUGCACGACAUCCUGGCCACCCUACCUCCCUCCUUCCGCGUGAACACCACCGACUUCGACACCUACGAGGCCGCCAAGCGCGGCGACCCAGCCUCCAUGGCUGAUACCCAAAAAGGAUGGAACCUCGACCGCUUCAAGUUCCUCCCCAUGGUCGAGCGCGCCUACGACGUCAACCCCACCGCGCAGUGGUUUGUCUUCCUCGAAUCCGACACCUACGUCGUCUGGGACAACCUCUUCCGCCUCCUCGACCAGUUCAACCCGGACCGCCCACUUUACUUCGGAUCGCCGUCGCCCGGUCGCGUUACCGGCGAAGGCGAGGUCACCUGGUUUGCGUAUGGCGGUGCGGGCAUCGUCCUGUCGGCGGGCGCCAUCGACAAGGCGGUGGAGCGGACUACGGGCGCGAUGGGGGAUCUUAUCCAGCCGUCGCUGAGUGUGCAGUUCGAGCAGAUCAUCAAGGAGGACUGUUGCGGUGACUCGGUGUUGGGCUGGGUGCUGUUUGAGAAGGGCGUGCGCUUGUCCGGGUUGUGGCCCAUGUUUCAGCCACACCCGCUUCAUGGUGUUCCUUUCGACGGCGCAUAUUGGUGCCAGCCUGUCAUCACCAUGCACAAGACGUUGCCGGCUGACAUGUACGGGUUCAUGCAGUGGGAGAAUAGUCGAGACCGAUCGGAACCCCUCCUCUACUCCGAACUCUACGAAUACACCAAACUUGGUACAUUCGACCACCGCACCGACUGGGACAACGGCGACUGGGGCGGGUGGCAGGAACCGCCCGAGGCCCCGGGCCACGCAUCCUUCGAGGCUUGUGGGACCGCCUGCCACGACCAUCCCGAGUGUAAAGGCUACACGUACGACUCAACCGGCCACUGCAUCUUCAUCCGGACAAUGCGGUUAGGCUCGUCCAAGAAGUUACUCGGCACGACAGCCCGCCUAUCGGCCGGGUGGGAUGUGGGGAAGAUGAAACAGUUACAAGAGGAACUGAACGCGGAUUGUAAACGACCGCGCUGGGUGAAGCCCAGUAUCACGAGAAUUUUCUAA